AUGGAUUCUAGGCUUGUAGAGGCAAUAAAGGCAAACGACACGUCGACAUUGAUAAGCUUAUUUCAAGCAAACGAAGGAAUUAUUGAGCAGAGAACAGCCGACGCCAUGGACACAGCAUUGCACCUCGCUUGCAUUGAAGGGCACAGGGAGAUAGUCAGGAUUCUCCUGAUGCAUGACGUGGCUCUGGCUUUGCAAUAUAACAGCAAUGGGUGCACCCCACUGCACAUGGCAUCAAUGAAUGGCAAAGUUUCGGUGCUUGAAGAGUUUGUGCUGCUCGCUUGGGCGUCGUUUUACCAUGCCACGAGUGAGGGCCAUACAGUCUUUCACCUUGCUGUGAUACAUGGGCAGUACCAGGCCCUUGUGUAUUUGGUGCAUACCUGCAACGGUACAAAUCUCAUUCACUGCCAAGAUCAUCAUGGUAACACCUGUUUACAUCUUGCAGUUUCUGGAGGCCGCCAUCAGAUGGCAGAGUUCUUGAUCAACAAAACAAAAGUGGAGAUUAAUUCUCGGAACUUCAAAGGACUCACAGCACUUGACAUCCUCGACCAGGCCAAGAACAGCAGAGAGAAUCGGCGUCUUGAAGCCACGUUUGUUAAAGCUGGUGGCAGAAGAAGUAUCGAACUCUUAUCCCGCUCGCCGGAAGUAGAAAGAUUCACCAGUCACGGUGGCAUAAAUGGUGGAUUGGAGAUCUCCAUUAUGAAUGAAUUUGUUUCUUCUGGUUACAAGAACUCGCCAGCCGGAAUCAGCCCCGGAACUAGCUCUAGAACUUCAUCGCCACAGCAGCAAGUUUGGGAGACAUUCCCAGCCAAUCUGCAACAACACAAACGUGUUAAGAAAAGGCACCGGGAAAGGAUAGGUGAGUUUCACAAUGGCCACCGAAAUAGGCAAGGUGAAAUAUACAUGGAAGCUUUACAAAAUGCUAGGAACACCAUAAUACUAGUUGCCAUUUUGAUUGCAACGGUUACUUUCUCUGCUGGAAUCAGUCCUCCUCAUGGCGGCGUUGAUGACCGAGAUGGAAGAAGGAAUGGGACAGCGGGGGGCCGAAUAACUGCUUUCAAGGUCUUUGAGGUGAGCAACAACAUUGCAUUGUUCACCUCUCUCUCCAUAGUAAUCGUUCUUGUCAGCAUCAUCCCUUUCAGAAGAAAGGCACAGAUGACACUGCUGACGGUUGCUCACAAGGUCAUGUGGGUGUCAGUGGCAUUCAUGGCGACAGCUUAUGUUGCAGCCACAUGGGUGGUCAUGCCGCAGGAUGAUGAGGGGACAUAUAUGUUGUUUGUGAUGCUAAUAGUAGUAAGCUGUGGCUCCUUGGGAGUGAUUUUUAUUGGUCUAGCUGUGAAGUUGGUUGAGCACUGGCUGAGGAAAAUGAAGUGGAGAAAACAGACAAGGGAUGGAGGGGCAAGAGUCGUUGCAGAUCCUGACAUGGAAAGUCAAAACUCAGAUGUUGAGAGCUCAUACUUGCAAGGAUAUCACUCAUACUGA